CUUGCGCUCACACAACUAUAAAUACCCCCAUUCAGUCAAACACAUGCAUACAGACCAUUGUCAGGACACGAGGAGAGUCGGGUGUUGUGAGACGGCGAAAAAAGUCAACUUUGGUGUUUAAGAGACAGGAAUACAAGUCAAACUUCAGCGAGAGCCUGAAACGAACUAAACUAAGGACUAUGAUUGCACAACACGCGAUGGCCCUUUUCUGGGGAGUAUGUUUGUUGACUUUAGGAUGGAUGACAUAUGGCGAGGCCAGCGUCUCUGAGAACCUGGACAAGAGCAUCGACGAGCUUAAAAUGCACUAUAUAAAAAAUGACAGUGAGCUACACAAUGCACAUCCUGUCUUCAUACGGGUCCUAAAAGACAUAAAGGUGAAUCUUGAGGAACCUGAGCAGAAUCUUUUGAUGAGCAUCAUAAUGGAUACGUACAGUAGGAUAUUUACCCGCAUGAAGAAUGAUAGUCAGGAUGAGGCUACAAAAGAAAGACUGGCACAUGUUCAGGAGCAUUUGAAAAAACUGCAAGAAAACUAUUUCCCAGGCAAAAGUGCAGAGCUCAAGGCAUAUGCAGAAACCCUAUGGGCAAUCAAGGAAGAUGACCCAGUCGUCCAGUUCAAAGCAUUGUUCGAGCUGAAGCGCGUCUACAGAGAAGCAACACAGCUGAGAAACCUAAAGAACAAAGAACGCAGGAGACGACAAGCCAAAAUCACAAAAAAGCAGAAGUCUUAAUAGAUCUUGAUCAUCAUUUCAAAGAAUGGUGGAAUAUCAGUGUUAUUUAUUUUAUUUAUGAAGUUCACUGUAUGCUGUACACACAUUGUGCACAGCGGAAAAUUGUUUAAACUGACAUUAUUUAUUUGCUCUUAUUUAUUUGAAAAAGCACUGUAAACCACUUGCUACUAACAUAGCAAAACUUGUAAGGUCUGUGACUGAAUAAAAUCCUUUUUA